AUGGCCGACCCAAGUGGCUUCAGCCCUGUCGUAGUGAACUCUGCUACAUAUAUUGGCACUUUGGCAGUGUUUCUUCUCGCAAUGAAGGUGCCUGGAAUAUCUUUAACGCAUUUUCCUGCAACAGGUUCUCUCUUAGUCUCAAACAAUAAGAACUUUGCCACCAAUCAAGACUGGGAAUAUCUCUUCAUUAGUCUGUGGUCUGUUCACUUUCUACGGCGCACAGUUGAGGUACUUUUUGUUCACGAUUACCGUAGAAAAAUGCCCUUGAUCGAAAGUAUAGGGGCGCCCGUUUACUACUGGUUCUUUGCAUUUUGGACCGGAGUUGCACUGAGACACGAUAAUGGCUACAAACAAACCUUCCUGCCUCUGAUAGUUGUUGGCUCCAUCAUAUUCUUCCUCGGCGAAUUUGGAAACAGCUACUGUCACUUCAAACUGAAAGCUUUUCGCAAAGAGAGAAGACAGCAAUCUUUUUCUGAAAAAUCGCAACAUGUCAUUCCUCAUGGAUUUCUUUUCGAGUUUGUCUCGUGUCCACAUUACUUGUGUGAAAUUGUAUCUUGGAUUGGCUUCUUCAUCGCAACGUGGUCUCUCCCAUCAGCGCUGUUUCUCGUUGCAACGAUUCUAACACUUGUUACUUACUCAUACAAGAAGCACAAAGCUUAUCAGGAAGAAUUUAAUGGGACAGCUGGUAAAGAUUUGUAUCCGAAGAACCGGAAGGCGCUUGUUCCUUUCAUAUUUUGA